CCCAACGGGGGCGAGGCCGGGGGCGGGACUGCUUUUCCCCUCAGCCGUAGAAAUUCUGGAAAAAAGGCGGUUUGAGGCGUCUUUUAUCCCCUUUCUCCUCCCGCCUGUAGAGGUCGCUCUAGGAGGUAUAGCAGAAGUAGUGUUUGGAUGAUGGCGGCCUCACAGACCUCCGUCUCGGUUCCGCGGGUGGCGCGGACCAUGCUGGGGCAGGUGGUACUGCCGGGGGAAGAACUACUGCUGCCCGAGUCGGCGGGGCCGGGCACCGAGGGCUCCGCGGAGCAGACGUUGCGCUUGGGGUCCGUGGUGCGGCCCCGCGCCCGCGUGGUGUGCGGUCCGGGCCUGCGGCGGUGCGGGGACCGCCUGCUAGUCACCAAGUGCGGGCGGCUCCGCCACAAAGAGCCCGGCGGCAGCGGAGGCGGAGGUGGCGUGUAUUGGGUGGACUCCCAGCAGAAACGAUAUGUCCCUGUUAAAGGAGACCAUGUGAUAGGCAUUGUGACUGCUAAAUCUGGUGACUUAUUCAAAGUUGAUGUUGGAGGAAGUGAACCAGCUUCUCUAUCUUACUUGGCAUUUGAAGGAGCCACCAAAAGAAACAGACCAAAUGUGCAGGUGGGAGAUCUCAUUUAUGGCCAAUUUGUUGUUGCCAAUAAAGACAUGGAACCAGAGAUGGUCUGUAUUGAUAGCAGUGGAAGAGCAAAUGGAAUGGGUGUCAUUGGACAGGAUGGCCUAUUGUUUAAGGUGACACUGGGUUUAAUCAGAAAGCUUUUAGCUCCUGAAUGUGAAAUUAUCCAGGAGAUAGGAAAACUCUACCCACUGGAAAUAGUAUUUGGAAUGAAUGGAAGAAUAUGGGUAAAAGCAAGAACUAUCCAACAGACUUUAAUUCUGGCAAAUGUUUUGGAAGCCUGUGAACACAUGACAACAGAGCAAAGGAAGCAGAUAUUUUCCAGGUUGUCAGAAAGUUAACAUCAAUUUCUCUGCUUCAUUCUUUAUGUGGAAUAUGGUAUGAACUCAUGGUAAUUAACAGUGACAGUUUUCUAAGAACUUUUUCAUCUUCAGAUGAAACCUUUCCUUCUCUCCAGUUCCUCAAAAUGAUGUACAAUAAAAAAUUUUUAGGAAUGUUUUUGUUAGUACGAAAGUCAUUAUCUUAGGGGAUGCCCUGAGUAGUUCCAUUUUGGCUAUCUUUGGCCAAUCCAGGACCCAAGAAUGAGCUAGAGGUUGGGAGGGAUUGAGUGGAGAAUCACUGGAUAAGAUAGCAACAGUCAGUACCUGCUACUUGACAUUUCCCCUCCUCCUUUCUUGAGAUUAAACAUACACACAGCUUGUGAAUGAAUGUCAGCCAUUAACAAGUGUUUUUUAGUAUGUUCUUGGCUCUGCUGAAUCUCAUGACUCCCCUCCCCCCUCUUUUUCCUCUUCAUUUUGGCAGGAUAUGAUUUCUUGCAGAAUAAAAGCUGUCAUCAUCAGGAAAGGUGGGGCAUUCCCAGGGAUGAGGUGCUGUUCCAUUUCCCCUCUUAGCUUUCUUAGUUUUAAUUUACAAACAUUGGUUAAAUUUUUGUUAAAACUCAAAUAUUGAUUCCUUUGAAAUUUCCUUGUUUCUCUUCUGACCUGCAUAUUUGAUUCUGGGUUGCUGUGGUUCCAAAGAAGUCAGCAGAAAAGAACUCCUCAACAGAUCCAUCUAUUCCCCCCCUUCCCACCCCCAAGAGACAAAGAUUUCAUUAUACUGCUAAUAGCAGGCAAAAUCCAUAAGAGGUUUUAGCCAGAAGAAGGUUUUAGCAGUUAACAAGGGGAAAAAAAGAAAAACCACAGGAUUUAGGUUUGAGAUAUGAACUAUAAACACUUCCAGGCUGGCUCCUCAGAAGUAGCAAGCAGGAAGGGAGAUGGGGUGCUGGCUGUGGGUGAUAAGUUAGUCUCUACUUGAACCACAGAGACUUUCAUCUCUAGGACUGUAUUCAGGAUGAUUGAGGUAAUCUCACCAGCCAGGCCCAGCUGUGCUGCAGAGACCUCAGGCCCUGGAUGAGAAAGAACCAGCACACUUGUGAGUGCAAAAAAACAGCGGGACAGGGACACUGCUGGCUGUGGACACUUGCAGGGGUAGGGAGCUCUUGGUUUGGGGUUCCAGGAUAGAGGAGAGAACUGAAGUGAAGCUAGAGGCACCAUACCACCAUCACCCCCCAGAUUACACUAAUAAAUUGUCACUAAAAAAUAAUAAGCAAAGGAAAAAAGAACCCACCAUAGAAACUUAGUAUGGGAAUAGGGAAAAAUAGGGAUCCUCUGAAGAGGAGGACACUGAAAUAAAAAAAAAAAAGGCUCUCCUACUCCUUAAAAUAACAUUAAAUGACUCCCUGCCCAAAAGGAACUUAUAGAAGAAUUCAAAAAAGAUUUUAAAAAUCAAAUGAGAUUUGAGAAAAAACUUAAAAUAAGAACCAUCUAAGAAAAAUAAGAUUAUCAAAAAUCAACUAACUAGGAGAUUCAGAAUCUUAAAGAAAAUUAUUAAAUAAUAUUAAAAAUAAUAUUUUAAAUAAUUAUUUGAAAAUAAAAAUUGGGUUAGAGAAAGGCAGUAAAGCUCUAAGAGACUAAAAAAUAACAAAUAUAUGUAUAUACGUAAUUUGUAUAAUAUAAUUAUACACACAUACACAUAUAAAAUGAAAAAAUAGAAGAGAAUGUGACACAUCCCC